UUGGUGUUAAAAAGAUUGGGCAGUUCAUGCCAAAUUGUAUGUUGCAUGCAUCUGGUCUUGUUGUGCGGACCUCACUUAUGAUAUCAUUCUGGUUUGCCAGCAAGUUGCCAGCAGUGAACUUGAUGGAGGGCCGCCACCUCACCGAGGUCAAUUCCAAAUAGCACCAUUGACGGGCCGCAGCCAACCCUGCAGCAACAUGUACUUCAGUCUAUGAGUAGAGUAGAAGCGAAUCCAGGCACAGGACUGAUGGCUCAGGAUCGGAGCAUUCGCCUUCAGCCACCCCAAGCAAGGGGCGACCAUGCUUCAACCAUCGUGCUCACCUGUGCUCAGCUGCAUGUCCUAGCAGACCAGAUCCGAGCAUUGCGCCAGAUCAGCAUCCAGCUGUACUGUCUCAAGAAUCCCACAUCAUGGGUGAGACGGCCUUUGUCCUCUGAGACACUGAGUGGGCUUCCCUCAUCCGCGCCUCCAGCCAAAGCAAAUGGAAGGAAACGUGCGCGGCCACCACCAUCACCUGGCACCAGGCAGCGCAGGGCAACCCCUGCAAGGAAGCAGACGGCCGGUAGAGGGAGGAACCGCCGUCCAUUGAACGAUGAGGAGGACGAGGAUCUUGACAGCGAUGCACUUGAAUCAGACGAGGAUAGCGAUGUGAGGGGCGUAGCUGCCUCAGCUCCAAGUCAGCGGCCGCGACGACGCAGAUCCAUGGGUGUCAGCCUGAAGGAUUCGGAGAGCGAUGCAGAAUCGGAUGAUGCUGAAGGCGGAGCAGAAGCUCCACAGGGACCAGCAAGGCUGCCAAGCUUUUCGCCAAUCGUGCUUAGCAAGACCAGCACUGACAUCCACUGCGACGUGUGCGGUGAUCCUGAAGGAGGCGAAAACAACGCCAUUCUCCUGUGCGACGGCGAUGGCUGUAUGGCGGCAGUGCACCAACAGUGUUAUGGCGUGGCUUCCAUUCCUGAGGGAGAGUGGCGUUGUGACGGCUGCAUGGCUGGCCUCAACCCGGCGGCAUCCCACUGCCUCCUCUGCCCCGUGACUGGCGGCGCGCUGCGUUCUGUCUCCAGUCUCGGCACUGCCGUGCCUCCUCGAGGGCGGGGCCGCCAGUUGUGGGUGCAUUCUGCAUGCGCGCUGUGGGUGCCGGAGGUUACGCUGCAGCACCCCGACACCCUCAGCGGCGUGCAGCUGGAGGGCCUCUCCGCCACCAGCGCAGACCUUGAUUGCGGGCUGUGCCAUCAGAAAGGGGGCGGCAUCAUCCAGUGCGCAUUAGGGGUGUGCUGGCGCGCGUUCCAUGUGCUCUGCGCGCGCAACGCCGGGAACCGUCUGGCACUGCGGGAAUCAGAUGGCGUGCCGCUGGGCUUCUGCGCGCUGCACACCAAGGAACGCUUUGCUCGCACCCGCCGCGAGCUCGAGGUCGGAUGCGCCCCUGAAGAUGAGCCCGCUGCCCAAGAGCCAGACGAUGACCAGGCUCCUGCUGAGCCCAACGAGUACGAGCUGCAGCGGCUGCGCAACAUUGAGAGGAACCGGCAGAGACUGGCGGAGCUGCAACGCGGCUUGAAGUAA